UCAAAAACAAACAAACAAACUGAUCAAAACCACACUUGUUAGAGUUUGUUGCAUCCAUUGCAAAACUGCUGUAGAUGAGCUGUUCUAAUGCCGUUAGAGGUCGCCAUCAAGCUAGGAGGAUGUGCAAUUACUGAUAAGAAUACAUUUGAAACAUUUGAUCUUUCUUCUAUCGAGGCAGCCGCCAAAGUCGUCUCGAAGCUAGUCGGGAAAUGUGUACUCAUUCAUGGAGCCGGGUCGUUCGGUCAUUUCCAGGCCCAUAAGUAUGGGAUAGCCAAAGGUCUUGGAGAUGACCCCAUACGCGGGAAAGCUGGUUUUGUGAAGACAAGGCUUUCUGUAACAAAGCUGUUGCAUAAAGUGUGUGAGGUGUUCGUAGAGCAAGGGAUUCCAGCAGUGGCUCUUUCUCCAUGUGGCUCUUGGAGGACAUCUGGUGGUCAUGUCACUUCAUCAGCUGUCAAUCAAAUGAUUGAUUUACUGGAAGCUGGCUUUGUGCCAGUGAUUCAUGGUGAUUGUGUGCUUGAUAAUCAAAUUGGAUGCUUCAUUCUAAGUGGAGACAAAAUUAUAGAGCAAAUUGUCAAGGAACAGAGACCCAACAGAGUAGUGUUCCUUACCAAUGUUGAUGGAGUAUUCGACAGACCUCCCGAAAAACAAGGUGCAAAGCUCCUUGAUCAUAUUGGAAUACUGGAGACGGGUGAGGUCAAUGCAUCGAUAGGAACAAGCCUCGCCUUUCAUGAUGUGACAGGAGGGAUAAUGGGGAAGAUUCAAACUGCAGUGAAUAUCAUAAAGUCCACAAAGGGGCAAACUGGGGUAUUUGUUACAAAAAUAGGCUCACAAGGUUCUCAUGAUGCAUGUAUCAAUGGAAGUGUUGAAAAAGGACAAGGGACCUCAAUUGGUUUAUGUGAAACAGCACAGGGGAAAAACAAGUAAAAAUCUACUAAAAAAAUUAUGGGUUUUGCUACGAGAAGGUCAUCAAAAGAUGGGACAUUAGAUUUUGUGAUUGCCAAUAAGAAUCUACUGACCAACUGGAAGUUGCUGUGUUUUACUGGGCCAGGUUACCAGAUGAUCUUAGUGAAUGGGUUUACAUGAUUCAUACUGGAUGUAUUUUUACCGCUUCUGGGGCAGAGGCUUGGAGGGUGGGGGGUUUCUGAACUGAUUUGUAUUUUUUUUACACAAACGCGCCAUGUACAUUUACCAAAAUAUGUCAUGCAUUACAUGUAUAAAUUGAUUGCUUGAUAAAGGACAAUAUAAUACUUUUUUAAACACAGGUACUCCCCUCCCCCCUUUCUCUCACUUCUGCCCCCCACAGGUACCCCAAGCUCACUGUGUGUAUAAAUAAAUUAUAGUUGUUCAUGUUA